UGUUUAUACACUUUGCGAUAUAACCUCUAUAGUAAUAAAACCAACAAAAUAUGUCAUUGUCACAUACAUAUUUACAAAAUUCGUGAAAUCUGCCAAUUUUUAUUUUUUUAAAUUUGUUGUGUUAAAUAUCACUACUUUAUUUGGCAUUAUUUGUUCAUUUAACAGCGAUGGAUGAAAGAAGAGAUGAAGAUCAAAGAAGAUUCAACAUGUGGUUUAAGAUAAAUGACGAUAAUCCUAUUAAAAUCACUGACUUAAAAAUUAGCACGUAUGUGCGUUUAAAGAAUUUUGACAACGAGGCAUUCAAUUUUAUUUUACAAAAAACAAAGUGCCAAAAUAUUACAUUUCUAUGGAAAUCAAUAGACGAUGUAGAUUAUACGAGAGUAAAAAUUCCAUCCGAAGAACUUCCGAGUACCAGUCACGCCAACUACCAUUCACUAGCAGUAGAUUCCAGCAACAUGGAAAGAACAAUUGAGUGGCUUACUUGCAAACAUUGUUCAGAAAACAUUAAUUCGUUGGACAUGGUUCCAAAGCACAAGUGUUUUAUUGGAGAAGAAGUAUUUAUGAAUGGGAAUCAAAUGCUCUUUAAAGUAGUAAGUGCUGAUGACACUGAGUGGUACAAUGAUAUUGCAAAUAUCAACGAGAUGUCAGCAACAGGACAAAAUAAUAUAAAAAAAUCAAAUGCAGUUUGGAACAAACAUUCAAUAUUGGCUGUUCUUAGCUUGUACGAAGCAAAUCUCCACAUGUUGGACAAUCCAAAGAAAAAAACCAAAAUAUGGGCCAGCAUAGCAGAUGGCUUAAAAGAUUUUGGUAUUGAGAUGUCGACUGAUCAAAUUCGUUGGAAGAUAAAUGCAUUAACUAAAAAAUAUAAAGAAUGCAUAGAUAAUAAUCGAAAAUCGGGGCGCAGUCCUAUGUCAUUCGAAUAUUUCGACCAAAUGCAAGAGAUUCUUGGCAAGGAUAAGGAAGCAAAUAUAUUUCAUACUCGCUCAUCUAACCUUCCAACAAAAUAUAUAAUUAAUACAUCUCCGAAAGUUCAAUGUUCGAAUAGUUCAAAAGAAACUGAACUUGAAGCUGUAAGCUCACAUAGCAGUACCUGUUCAUCUAGUCUUUCAACAAAUAAUUCAUGCACACAUAUAAAUUCGACAAAAAAGAAAAAUCUAAUUGAAAAGAAAGCGCGUCCGUUACAUGGAAGUGGAUCCAAUAAUGCAAAAAUAAAAAAUGAAUUAGGAAAGCAUUGGCUGGAAUAUCUUCAGGGCGAAGAGAAACGUCGUGAAGAACGUGACGCUAAGUUGUCUAAAUUAUUAGAAAAAAAAACGGAAGCGAUAAAUCUACAAAAACGACAACUUCAAAUGCAUGAAAAAGAAUUAGAUGAUAGAAAAAUAAUAACUGCAAAAAAUUAAAAUGCAAAGAACAGCGGCAUGAGGAAAUUAUUGCAAUUGAAAGAGAAAAAUGUAAAUUAUUGAGGAAAUUUUUAUAUGAUAAAGAAAAUGUUGCACAAUUUAGUGAUUCCGAUAAUAACUAAUUUUAUACUUACUUUUAUUUCACAUUUUUAGUUGUUUAAUUUUUCUUAUGUUUUAUUUUAUUAAA